UUUUAAGUUACAGUGGAUAUUAUCUCCAUUUAUAUAUAACAUCUAUAUCCCUUAUUCUUAUUGAUGAGACAGUUGUUUAUUUUAAUUUUAUCUCCCAUUUUAUUACUUGAAGUUAGAUUUAUUUGUACGUGCAAGUAAACAGUUCCAACUUCCAACCCAACUUCAGAUUUCACAAAGUUAGUGACUCUUUCAUGACUCUUUUUUUUGUGACAAACAACAGACCUCAAUAACAGACAUUCCAUUUUCUUAAAUGCAUUUGAAAUGUAGCUGGUAAGCAACGUGUUUCAUCGUUCAAGUUUCCAAAUUUUUGAAAUGUCCUGCUUAUAAUGCAAGAGUCCUUGGAGUCCUAGAAGACAUAAGGUCGUCUUAAUAACGAUGCCACGAUAUUUCGAAGUCACAUCCAUAUUCAACUUCACCUGGGACCAAGUGGCGCAAGGCUUUUGGAGACGUUAUCCAAAUCCAAACAGCAAACAUGUCUUGACUGAGGACACAGUCAGUAGAGAAGUGAAAGAAGGAAGACUUAUAAGCAAAAGACUAAUAUCCAAGACUAAUCCCUACCCAAAAUGGGCUGAACGAUUUAUUACAACUAAGAAAGUCUUUAUAGUUGAAGAAUCAAUUGUAGAUCCUAAGACCAAGACAUUGGUGACCUACACCAGAAAUUUGGGUUAUGUAAAAGUCAUGAGUGUUAUUGAGAAGGUUGUAUAUACAGAAAGUAAGGAUCAUCCAGGUAAAACUGUAGCUGUUAGAUCAGCUUGGAUUGACUCACAAAUAAAGGGAUUUAGCAGAGCUAUUUGUGCUUUUGGUUAUGAAAGGUUCAAAAAAAAUUGCAACAAGAUGGUUGUAGGAUUCAAUCAUGUCCUUCUCAACCUUUUUCCACCACAAAGUGGAAAUGGUUCGCUUCACCAAGAAGCUACAACUCGAAGUAAACUAAAAGAUGCAGCUAAAAAUGCUUCAGAGCAUGUCAAAUCUAAAGCUGUCCCCAUUUAUGCUUCACUCCACCCCAAUAAGUCCUAAUCCUGAAAUGCUACUUGUAUUG